ACGCAACAACCUUCUCAGCGAAACGGUUACAGGAGUCGAAUUUCCGAUAACGAGCGGGUCACAAACCGCCCACCUAUACCAACUAUGGAUCUUAUGAUCUAAUGUUCUGCCGGUGCUCCGUCGCGAGACUUGGUGAGGUAACUGGGGAAAUGAGACCGCAGAUAUAUAGGAGGGAGGGAGAGGAGGGGAGCACAUCGGAAAGGCGGUCCCCGAGACAAAAUAUAAUGAAAGCCUUGCAGAGGGUCCACUCCACCAUCCUUUUACGCUAUGGGUUGCUGACUAAGGUGUGGGCUAAAAAGACAGGGACUAAUUUACUGGCAACCCAAUAAUCGGGUGAUAUGGAAACAAUUGCUGACCUACUACCAUAGCAGCGGAAUGGGCGUGCUACUAGGGAUAAUAGUGACACCUCCACCUCCCACACAGCCUAACAAUCAACAAUUUGGUCCCCCCCUCCUCCCCGUGAACUUGCGUCAUAGCUAUGAUACCGAAAGCACCAAUAUAAAACAACCACCCCUCAGCCAUCAGUUCCAAGCUCCCCUUCCACAUUUCAAUCAGACAGUAACCCAAUCACCAUUGCCUACACACCCGCAAAAUGACAACCUUAGAAGUCCACACUCUAGAAGCCGGCCGUUCCUUCCUCCCUAAAAAACUCCUCUUCAACGACACAACUCCCGCAAAUGCCGACACGGUGGACGAAUUCCCCGCACACUUCUUCCACCUCUACCACCAGGAAAAAAACCUGGACAUCCUGUGGGAUGCCGGUAUCCGCAACGACACCUCUGCGCACCCGCCCGCAAUGCAAGCCGCCUUCGAAGCCUUCCUGCACCCAUACGUGCCCGAGGACGCGCCAACAGGGCUCUCCCGAAACGGCGUGGCGCCCGAGUCCAUCGAUUACAUAUUCUGCUCACACGCACACUUCGAUCACACCGGCGACCCCGAAAAGUUCCCCAACGCAAAGAUAGUAUACGGUGCGGGGACCCAAGCUCACGUUCGCCCGGGGUAUCCCAUCAACCCGGAGUCGCGCUAUCUGGAGAGCCUGUUUCCUCGGGGUCGGACGCUGGAACUCACGAAGAGGGAUUUCAAGCCCAUCGAGGGCUUCACACCCUGGGAUGCGGCCUGCGACUUCUUCGGCGAUGGGAGUUUACUGCUCAUUGACGCGCCGGGGCACAUGCCCGGACACACGAUCGCGAUCGCGCGAGUCGAGGGGGGGUACUUGUUGCUCGGGGGGGAUAGUUGCCAUUGCGAAGCGCACCUGAAAGAGUACGCGCCCGGUGGUAGGAUGGGGUUCGGAAUGCACAAGGAUGCGGACACCACCCGAGACAAUAUCUCGAAGAUCGUGAAGUUUGCGAAGUCACGGGGGGAUGUGCGGCUUUGCCUGGCGCACGUUGGCACGUAUAAGGAUUGGGAGAUGGUUGUGGUGAAGGAGGGGGAGGGGGUGAGGUUGUAACUUUGGAAGCGAUCUAUGGGGUGUGGGGAAUUCCCCGGUUCACUUUUCUCAAUCUCUUGUUGUUUGUGGGUUACUUUAGCUCCCGGGUGGGGGUUGUCUAACGAUGUGAUGCCGAAAUGUUUCUCGAUCAAAUCUGAAGUCCGAUCCCCG